UCACCUAGUCGUACUACCUACACCUUUGACCACCACACCACUAUCUACCUGCGGACACUCCGCCCAACUCGACUUAUCACGAUGUGUUUCGGGAACACGUAUGAGGAACGCACGAAGGUCUCGUCUCGCGACCUUGUUCGUGAAGAGCACGAAUCCAAACCUGCAGGCUUUUGGAGAUCUCUUCUCCGGGGUUGCUCUGAUGACGAGUUCGCUGUAGUCUCCCGCCCUCGAACACACCGACGCCACGGCCGUCUAUAUUAUCCCGAGUGGUACUAUCACAAGCCGCCCCGGGUCGCAUUGCGCCCUCGCCCCGUAUCAGUCGUUCACGGAGGUGUCGGUUACGGUCGAGGCCACUAUGUUACUGGUGGUCGGGUCCCAAUGCCAUCGGCAGCCGCGAGGAGGACUUACUAUCAUGGCGCAGUUGCCCCAGCUCCUGGAUACUCAUAUGCGUUCCAAACCAUGGCUCCGGCUGUAGGCGUCGUCAAUCCUCAAGUUCCCGUGGUUCCGGUUGGUGGCACGCCUAUGAAUGUACCAGCCCACCAUAACGCUCCACCUCGGACCGUUGUUCAGCAUCAGAAUCAGGUCGAAGCCAUGCGUCGCGGCGCUUACAAUCCACGCUUGAUUCGACCAGCUGAUGCACGACCAGAUGAUCCGUUCUGGUGCCAGGAAGUCACAGGCGAAUGGCAUCUUCGUUCCUUCUACCAGAUCGAGAACGAAUGUCAGCCUGGCGAGUGGUUGAUGAAUCCAAAUUACGGCUUUCUUUGCUUCCAUCGUCGUUGA